UGUCAGUGCAAAGAUCCGAGUGAAGUUGAUGGGUCACUGUGCCAACUGACAACGCGCAGUUUUGAAAAAGGAUCAUUUGUUGCCUUUCCAGCAUUGAAACAAAGAUGGCGUUUACACAUACAGAUGGAGUUUACUACCACUGAGCACAGUGGGCUUUUGCUCUUCAAUGGACGGUAUGAUGGAAAACAUGACUUUAUUGCAGUGGAAGUGUGGCAAGGACAAGUUCGGUUCAGGUUUUCACUGUUUUCCCAUGAAGUCAUUGUUACAUCAAAUGUAAAUGGUGGUGUCAUUGAUGGCAAUUGGCAUAAAGUAGAAGUGGCAUUUCAGAACAGG